AUGCGUUAUGAGGCAACGCUCCUCGGGCAGGUCCAUGACCAGGCAGCGUCAGCCGCGCCUAUACAGUACAUUCCGGUACCUGUGACCGAUGCAGAGCCAAAGGCUCGUCCACUUGUUUUAAGUGUCGAGACCUUCGAGGGGAAGGAGGGAGAGAAUCUUCUCCUCUGGAUCCGAGAAGUUGAAAUGGCAAUGAAUGCCGCCAUGCUUGUAUCCGAUAAGCAACGAGUUGGCUUGGCCAUUUCUAAGCUCGGUGGAAGAGCUAGAGAGUGGGCUCUAACGAGCGAUGUCUCUGUAAAUGCUGCAUUUCCCACAUGGGAAAUGCUUAAAAAGCAAUUAACUUGUGUGUUUGCACCGCCUAAUCAGGCUUAUCGUGUGCGCUCACGCUUCCUAGCUACCCGACAGGGUAAGAAAGAAUUGUCGGACUAUGUCCAAGAGUUGAGAACUCUCAUUGCUGCUAUGCAGCAGGACCCACUGGCAGAGGAAGUCCGAGUAACCAUUUUUAUGGAAGGACUUCGCACUGGGGUCGCCAGGACGGAAGUUUUCCGUGUCCAGCCUUCAACUUUUGAGGAGGCAGUAAGCGUAGCGUUUAACGCUGAAUUUAAUUAUAAAUCUGCUCGAUAUGGUCUGCCCUGGUAUCAAUCAAAUACCUCUAAUAGGGCGGAACCCAUGGAUCUCAGCCAUGCUGAAGAAGCUGAGCUUCAAGCUGCUGAACAGCAAGGUAGCAUCCGUAGAUGUUAUAUGUGCGGAAGCACUAGGCAUCUCCGCCCUAGCUGUCCGUUGCGAAAGCAACGUUCAAAUCGGCAAAGCCGAAACCCUGCUCCUAGCCAAAAGGCGAGCACCGCAGGGGAAAAUGUCGACUCCCAGUAG